CUGGCGACUGAGCAGAGGUUGUGUGCAGCUCACGGGGAGAUGGUACAGCAUCGGCCUGGCCUCCAACUCCAACUGGUUCAAGGAGAAGAAGCACCUGAUGAAGAUGUGCACCACGGUCAUCUCCACCACUGCAGAUGGGAACCUGGAGGUCACCUCCACCUACCCCAAGGGUGAGCAUUGCGAGAAGAGGAACAGCCUUUACACCAAGACAGAGCAGCCGGGCUGAGCCGUGUCAUCCCCAUCCCCUGCAGGCUGGGGCAGCAAGCAUGACAUCCGCGUGGUGGAGACCAACUACGAAGAGUACGCCUUGGUGGCCACCCAGAUCUCCAAAAGCACCGGCUCCUCCACCAUGGUGCUGCUCUCAAGUCGGACAAAGGAGCUCAGUCCCGAGCGGCUGGAGAGGUUCACCCAGUUCUCC